GCGCAUAACCAGUUCUGCUUUGCAUUGCCUUGGAAACUAAAAAUUCGCACAGCACUUUUUUCUCUUUUAGACACAACCACCACAGUUAUCUUCGCAUUUAGUGCACGUGAAUACUGAUCGAUUCCUCUGACAUUUAGCGUUGUGGCUUGAAAAAGACGACUGAUUUAUGGCUUAGGUAACAAGGAAGCAGUUAAAAUCAUGAAAGGCGCCGAAAAGUCAAGACUCGACUGUAGUCCAGUGUUUGCCUUUCGCUAAAUGAGAUUCAUUUGAUGGAGAGGUAUUCACAAGAUCUUGUCACCUGUUUCUGAAUCGAAUAUAUCACAGCGGCCGGUAGCAGUUCAUUCAAGAGUGGGCGUUUCUUUGAAGUAGCUGUGAAAUUGGAAAUCCUCUACUGGGAGAUAAGGGACGAGAUGCCAGUUGGACGAAGAGGACUUGUUGUGCCUCAAAAUACUUUUCUGGAAAAUGUUGUACGCCGUUCAAAUGGACUACACUCGUUAUUCGUACUUGGGAACGCUCAGAUUAUGGAAAAUCCCAUUGUAUACUCGAGUGACGGGUUUUGCAAGUUCACAGGAUACACGCGAGCGGAAGUGAUGAAGAAAAAUUGCGACUGCAAUUUCCUGUUUGGUCAACAGACAGACCCGGAGACAAUAAGAGAGCUUCAUAAUGCUUUGCAGGCGAAGACAGCCAUUCAAAAAGAGUUUAUUGCAUAUCAAAAAGACGGUACACCUAUGUGGGUUCUGUUCCAUCUUGGACCGAUCAAAAACGAGAAAGGCGAAGUGAUGUUGUUCCUUGUUACACUGAAAGACAUCACGGAGUUCAAAGAUCCCAUUGUCGGUGCAGACAACGGAGGCCCCAAGGGAUGGGCGCGACUUAACAAAACUCUCACGAGGCACAAAUCAGUUCUUGUCGCGUUCAAACAGAAAACCACAACUCAACGGAACGCCCAGCAAAUCAGCAGCCUCAUGUCUCUGAAUGACGAUGUGUUGCCAGAUUACAAACUUGACGUACCCCACACGCCACCGCGGGUGAUCCUCCAUUACACCACGUUCAAAACAACCUGGGACUGGGUGAUUCUCUUCCUGACGCUUUACACCACGAUUUCCGUGCCAUUUCUUGUUUGCUUCGCAUUCGAGCAUGACGCAGUCUCUGUCUUGGAUCUGCUCGUUGAUUGGAUGUUUUUAGCUGACAUUGCCCUGAAUUUUCACACGACUUAUGUUGGGAAGGAUGGCGAGGUUAUUGACGAUCUCAAGAUGAUUCGUUGGAAUUACAUUCGCAGUUGGUUCUUUCUGGAUUUGGUCUCAUCCCUGCCAUACGGGAUUCUCACUUACGUAACGAAUAGCAGCGCUAGCAUGACGACAUUACUUGGAUUCCUGAAAGUGUUUCGCUUGUUAAGACUGGGGCGAGUAGCAAGAAAAAUCGACAAAUACUUGGAGUAUGGCGCGUCUACGUUCUUUCUCCUCAUGCUGUCCUUCUGCCUCGUGGCACAUUGGUUUGCCUGUCUUUUCUACUUAAUCGCCACUCACUACGAUAAGUAUGACCCGCACGGUUGGCUGCAAAUCUUAGGGAACCAGGUAGGGACUCCUUACAAAUUGAAGAAUGGGACGAAUGAAUUAGAUCUGACGACGGGCCCCACCAUUGCCUCAAAAUACGUCUCUGCCCUGUAUUAUACACUGACUAGUUUGACAACGAUUGGGUUUGGAAAUAUCUCGCCAAAUACAACUGCUGAAAAGCUGUUUGCAUCCAUCACAAUGUUGCUGGGAGCAAUCUUGUUCUCCCUAAUUUUCGGCCAAGUCUCUGCUAUACUUCAACAAGCGCAGAAAAACACAGCAAAAUACCACUCGAUAAUCGACAACAUGAAGCAGUUUAGUAAACUGUAUAAGCUGCCAGCAAACCUUGCCACCAGAACGAUUGACUUCUUCAUGUCCACGUGGGCAAUGAACAAGGGAAUCGACACAGACGAGGUCUUAAAGUAUUGUCCAAAAGAUCUUCAAGCAGACAUCUGCGUUCAUCUCAACCGAAUGAUCCUGGAGAACAAUCCCGCGUUCGUAGACGCCAGCACGGGAGUGAAACGAGCGAUUGCCCGCAACUUUUGGAUCUCGCACGUGGCACCUGGUGAUCGAAUCAUUCAUCAUGGAGAAAGUUUGGACGUCAUAUACUUUAUCGCGCGUGGAUCUCUUGAGGUCAAACAGGGAGAAACUGUUGUCGGUUUACUAGGUGAGAAUGAUGUGUUUGGUGACAACAUUUGUCAUGAGUCAACAGUAGGUCAGUCAGCAGUGGACGUAUUUGCGUUAACUUAUUGUGACCUUCACUGGAUUCAGAGAGACGCACUCAUCGAGGUGCUGGAGUUUUAUCCAGAUUUUGCCAACAAAUUUACCAAGAACCUUGUGCUAUCGUACAACUUAAGAGAUGAGCUCAAGAUUCGUAAACGCACCCCAAAGUUGGAAAUAGCAAACGAGGAACAAAGGGACAGACCAACGAGUGUCACAUUUCGACACAGGAAGCAGAAUCGAAAGCUGAGUCUAGUCGAAGAAUUGGCGCAGAACUACGAGUUUGACGACAAUCAGGUGGACGGUGGAGACACGAGUGAAGCAGAGAUCGACAUGAUGGUCCUUCCGAAGACACGAACAAGAAGUAUGACGUCGAACAUUGUCCGAGCGCGUCCCGACAUCCCGGAAUCGGGUACCGACGUUCUUUCGAGUUUGUCCGAAAUGAAAGGCGAGGUGCGACGAGAAAUCGAAGUUAUGAAUAUGAAAAUGACUCAAUUAGAAGAGCAAAUCUCGACAAUAAUUACUAUUUUGAAAAGCCAGGGACACUUGCAUAGUCCACGGGGUUACGGGUCCCCCAGUACUAGUUUCGACAAGGGAAGAAUGUCUGCUACUUCAUAUCUCAAUGAUACUUCUCCUCCCGAAGAGGCUCCAAGCAACCAGAAAGACAAAGAGGGACCUUUACCGGAAUGGCUCGCUCCUUCUGGGUCCUCGGGGACUCGUGCUGAUGGCGUGCCAGAGUGGGACGACUCUACUACUCAGGCACAGGAGCAGAACUCGGCCCAGGCUGCCAGUUUAUUGAACAACCAGUCAAACAGAAACAAUGCUGAACCCGAUCCCAGACUCCUUCAAACUUUAGGCCUCUUUAAAAUGGGCAAAAAAUGAGGACCACGGAAAAAAAUUAACUGUAGUACUCAAGGCAUUUAAAUGUAAAGACCAGAAAAAAAUUCGUGUCGUAUCAGAUACCUGCACAGUUAUUACGCGGAGCGACUCAUGAUAAUGGUCGCGUCAUUCACGUUAGCGAACUACACGAAGGAAAAUCAAAUAUGAUCACAUCAGGGUUAGAGGCUAGAAGAUCAGGAUUUAUUUGGAAUUCGCAGAAUCCUUAGACAAUGUUCUUCCAACAACACGGUACUCUUUCAGAUCAAGCUGCAAGAACCUGUGGCAUUGUCCAAAUAAUUUCUGAACCGGCUGACAGAUUCAAUAGAAUCGAAGAUAAAUCACAGACUAUUUUGAAACCAUGCAACCGUCCAUUCGAAUCGGUAUAGUUUAGGACACAAAAAUAAAUGGCGAAGAAUAUAUCACACUUGGGCCACAGUUACAUUUCAAAAGCCACAGAGGGGGCAGGGUGUCAGUCAAAGGGGAUUUAACAGUGCAGUUUAUAAAAGAAGGUUUAAGGUAUUCAUCAGUUUCCUAGGCUAGGCUGUAACACGUAGGAUUAGAGUUGAGUGCAAUGUUUAUUCUUUUGUUUUAUCUGUUUGCCAUUUUUGAUGUUUUUUGGUUUCGCGCGAUCACAAGUUCGGUUAUAACUGGCAUUAAAUUUGCUGUGAAACAGCAACUGAUGUUGGAAUUUAAAGGCUUAUGAUGACAUGAUAGUUAUGAUGUUAAGGAAGUUAGUUCAAAAUCCAGAGUGCCUUCUGUAAUCCUGGUCAAAUCUUCUUCGUUUGUGAUAAAAGCUUUAGGAUGCUACGGUGUGGUUAAGGGCAGUGAGUAGAAUGUUUGAUGUUGUACCGCAACAAAAAAUUGUCAUAUUGUAUUCUAAUUAUCUAUCAAUUUAACAUAGCAUUGUAAUCGCUUGAAAUAUUCAGGUACAAACGCCGGAUUUGCUCACUGCGGAUAACUUAGAGUUUAUGUCACUCACGUUUUCCACAAAGAUACUCCUCUAUUUCUUUUUCUCCACGUUACCAUCGCAACAUACGCAUUUCUACGUAGACAACACUUAAUGACUAAGCCGUUAUUUGUAGGAAAGAGAUCUUAGUAAAAAAAAGGAAUCCUUUCGGAA